AGUACGGUCUUUCUCCAAGCUCCACCGAGUCCUUGAAAAUGGUGUUUCCAGACGCUGGCGAUUUUUUCGGCUACGCUCUUGCCGGUGUUCCUUCGGCAUCAUUUUCUGCAACAGCUAUGUUACCAAAGCUCAUUUUGGAUGAUGAUCAUCCAUUGACAAAUGCAAUAAAAUCGGAGAAAGAUCAUAAAGCGGGUCAAGAGACUAAUAUGCCCCCUUUACACGACACCGCUUGUUGCGGUGGAGGCGGCGGGCCAUCAUCUCCAUCAUCAUCAUCAAUGAAUGCAAGAGAAAUGCGGAAAGCCGCAGCAGUGCUGGAGGUAGAGGAGGAGAAAAGAAUCAAAGCAACAGCAGUCACUGUCAAAGAAGAAGAUGAUGAUGGUGUAGAUAGUCUCAAUGAGUUGAAGGGAGGAGGCGGUGGCGGUAAUAAUAAAAAUAACAAUGGGAUAUCGUCGUCUUCGUGUUCCUCUGUGGAUUUACCUAAACCCAUGGAGGGUUUACAUGAGGCAGGUCCACCUCCGUUUCUGAAGAAGACAUUUGAGAUGGUGGAGGAUCCGGAAACAGAUGAAACAGUGUCGUGGGGCAAGAAUCGCGAUAGUUUUGUUGUUUGGGACUCUCAUGAAUUCUCUAAAAUUCUGCUUCCAAAGUAUUUCAAGCACAAUAAUUUCUCCAGCUUCAUUCGCCAGCUAAAUACCUACGGCUUUAGAAAGAUUGAUCCGGAUAGAUGGGAGUUUGCGAAUGAAGGGUUUCACGGUGCCAAGAAGCAUUUGCUAAAGACCAUCAAGAGAAGAAGCAGGUAUAACAAACAGCAGAGCGGAGCAGUUACUGGCGUUAAUGAUUCAACAAAACCUCGUUUGGAAGCUGAACUUGAAAACCUGAAGGAUGAUCAGGAUGUUUUAAGGUUGGAAAUCUUGAAAAUUAGACAGCAGCAGCAGGAGUCGCAAACUCAGCUGAGUGCUGUUGAAGAACGCAUUCAAGCUGCAGAGUGCAAACAAUUGCAGAUGUUUAUUUUCUUUACCAAAGCUGCCAGAAAUCCUGGCUUUAUCCAACAACUAAUCCAGAAGAGAAAGCAAAGAGGGAAGCUAGAUGGGAUUGAAUUUCGCAAGAAAAGACGACUGCUUCAAACCCAUCUUCCUGAAAGCUUUCCUGCUGCCGUGGAUACCAACCAAAGCGUCCAUUUUAAAAUCCAUGCUCAGGAACAACUGGCCACAAUGCAGACCGAAAUUACUGAGAUUUUAACUGAGGAUGUGGAGACCAGCCAAAUGUUGAAAGUAUUUCCAGCUCCAAUGAGUGAUGGGUUUUGCAGUCCGAUACUUCAAGAUCAUAAUGCAAAUAUAAUGUGCGAAACGAGUACUCAAGAUAUGUCCUCUGCUUAUAAUCUAAUGUCAGAGAAGCUACUGGAUGAUGGUUCAGUGAUUGAGGAUUUGGUUGAUGAGGAGGUAGAUGUCAAUGACUCAAAGCUCUACCUUGAAUUACAGGAUUUGAUUGGGAUGCCACGAAUGUGGGGUGGAUUUGCAACUGAGUUAGUAGGGCAUACAGCUGGUUGAUCAAUUCCCAGAUUGUAAUGAUUGUUGACAUGCCUCUAGACUUCUUAAAGAUGGUGCUGCUUCAUCUACGUGGGGUGAGAGAGUUAAAGAUGAAGUGAUCCUUUCAUUUGAAUUCCUGCAGAUUAAAGCAACUUCUCAACCCAAUAUUUGAGAUGCUAGUGUUUGUUCACAAACGUUCACGUCUUUCUUACCAGAGUCCAAUCCUGCAGAUUGUAAAUAUUUCUACCCCAUUACAUAGAACUAUAGAAGACGUACCAUAGUUAUGCCCUGCAUCGAAGUUCUCAUAGAAGGAAUGCUUUUUAUAGUAUAGUAAUUAACUCUCUGUUCGCUGGUUAUUGACUUCUUAUGGUAUCUUAAUUUACUUUCAA